UACAAAGUGUAUAAUAACUUGCAUAUCGUGGCAAGUAAAAAAUAAUUUUACUUUUUCACAAGUCAAUUUAAUAUCCGCAAUGAAAUAAAUAUUUUUAAGCGAAAUUUUAUUUCUUAUUAUAUUGAAAAAAGAAUUAGUUGCGAUGUUGUUUACGUUAGUUUGCUACGGAAUUGGAUUUUUGGUUCUCGCUUUUGUUGUUACUGCUAUUAUAUUAAAAGCCACGACGACACCAUUCCCGAUCAUUAAACGGUAUGACGAAGAAGAAUUUUAUGAAGAUCCCUCAGGAAUUAAAGUACAAUUUCCAUCAAUCGAAGAUGAUCCAUCAAUUGAACUCAGUGUCAUCAUUCCUGCAUAUGAGGAAGAAAAAAGAUUACCUACAAUGCUUGAUGAAUGUAUAGAUUUCUUAGAAAGAAAAGAACAAGAAAAUUCAAAAUUUUCGUAUGAAAUCAUCAUCGUAAGUGAUGGAAGUAAAGAUAAGACCGUAGAAUUGUCAUUAAAAUACUGUGCUAAAUAUACGUCAAAUAAAAUCAGAGUCUUAGAUCUACUAGAAAACAGGGGGAAAGGUGGAGCAGUUCGACUGGGUAUGCUAAGCGCCCGUGGACGACUUUUACUUUUCGCCGAUGCUGAUGGAGCAACAAAGUUUUCAGACUUGAACAAACUCGAAGAGAGCUUGAAGAGAACAACAAAGAACAAUUGGAGAGCUGAUGCAAUUUCUAUAGGAUCACGAGCUCAUUUAGAAAAGGAAUCAACAGCAACUAGAAGUUUAUUCAGAACAAUUUUAAUGCAUGGCUUUCAUCUCCUUGUUUGGAUAUUUGCUGUCAAAACAAUUCGAGAUACACAAUGUGGUUUUAAACUUCUAACAAGAUCAGCAGCUAGAAAGAUUUUUAACAUAAUGCAUGUUGAGCGUUGGGCUUUUGAUGUUGAACUUUUAUUCAUCGCAGAAUCACUUAAAAUGCCAAUUGAUGAAAUCGCCGUUUUACAGAUAAAGUUAAGACUUCAUUCGUGUCAGACAAGUGAGCAGGACCAGCGGAAAAUGGCAUUGUUUAGAAUUUCAUCAACCAAAUGCCUGACAGAGGCCCAUCAGAAAUUUUUGCCAGCUAUCAUCACAUGUGUUCGAAACAUCUCAGCAGAUAGCACUGAUUUGAAGGGAAUCCUAGCUGAUAAAAUUCCCAAAGAACAAGAACGCAUCAAGAAUUUCCGUAAAGAACAUGGAGGAACUAAAGUCGGUGAAGUUACAGUUGAUAUGAUGUAUGGAGGCAUGCGUGGCAUUAAAGGAUUAGUAUGUGAGACAUCAGUUUUGGAUCCUGAUGAGGGCAUUCGAUUCCGUGGAAUGUCAAUUCCUGAAUGCCAGAAGGUUCUUCCUAAAGCUCCAGGUGGUGCUGAACCAUUACCUGAAGGUCUCUUCUGGCUUUUAAUCACUGGCGAUGUUCCAUCAAAAGCUCAAGUUGAUUCUUUGUCAAGCGAAUGGGCCAACCGAGCAGCAUUGCCAGGACAUGUUGUUACAAUGCUCAACAACUUCCCAACAACUCUUCAUCCAAUGUCACAGUUGUCAGCUGCCGUCACUGCUUUAAAUCACGAGAGUAAAUUCGCUAAAGCAUAUUCCGAGGGAGUCCACAAGAGCAAAUACUGGGAAUACACUUAUGAGGAUAGCAUGGAUCUGAUAGCUAAACUCCCAGUUGUUGCUGCAACUAUUUAUCGUAAUACUUACCGUGAUGGAAAAGGCAUUGGUGCAAUUGAUCCAAAACUUGAUUGGUCAGCAAACUUCACUCGCAUGCUUGGUUAUGACAACAAUGAACAACUUACUGAAUUGAUGCGUCUUUAUCUCACUAUUCACAGUGAUCAUGAAGGUGGCAACGUUAGCGCCCAUACUGUUCAUCUUGUGGGAUCAGCUCUCAGCGAUCCUUACUUGUCAUUCUCAGCUGGUAUGAAUGGUCUUGCUGGUCCACUUCAUGGAUUAGCUAAUCAAGAAGUGCUCGUGUGGCUUCAAAAAUUACGUGGCGAACUUGGCGACAAUGCUGAUGAGAAUAAAGUCAAAGAUUUCAUUUGGAAGACUCUCAAAUCAGGACAAGUUGUGCCUGGUUAUGGUCAUGCUGUUCUCCGUAAAACAGAUCCACGUUACACAUGCCAACGUGAAUUUGCUCUCAAGCAUUUGCCAAACGAUCCAUUAUUCCAACUUGUCAGCAACAUUUACAAGGUUGUGCCUCCAAUUUUAACUGAAUUGGGUAAGGUGAAGAACCCAUGGCCGAAUGUUGACGCUCACUCGGGCGUUCUUCUCCAAUAUUAUGGAUUGAAGGAGAUGAACUACUACACCGUAUUGUUCGGCGUUUCACGUGCUCUUGGUGUUCUUGCAUCACUUGUGUGGGAUCGUGCACUUGGAUUACCAAUUGAACGUCCAAAAUCAAUGGCUACCGAUGGAUUAAUGAAAGCCUGCGGUCAUAAGUAAAACAUUUUUCAUUCACAUUUGAAGCAACACUUAAAGUUCUCUUAAAAACAUAAAAACAGAAAAAAUGAGUUCAGUGAACUCAAUUAGAUAACCGUCAAAGUCUAUUUUGUGUUGUUCUUUAAGCACUCAGCAUCAGAAAGCUUUAUUUAAUUUGCAAAAUAAGAAAAGAUGAGAAAAACUUUAAUUUUAGAAAAGCCAAAAAUAAGCAGAUUAUAGCAUUGCAGCAAAAUAGUUUUUCUUCUCCUGACAAAUAAAUACUUUUGUGAAUUUUUGUUUUGCUUCCUUUUUAAUUAGAUAAUUAAAUUCUGAUGAUUUUUUUGCUUUUAUUUGAAUAUCUAAGAAGAGAUAUUCAGUUAACAUUUACCAAAAAUAGUCGACACAAUUGUGACUUAUUUUUUAUUUGAAACCUUUUGUUUCUUAAAUAUUUCUUAAUUAGGAACAAAUUGUAAUUGAGAGAGAUUUGCAAUUAAUUAAACUUUUAGGAUGGGCCGUUGACAUUUAAAUUAUUUACAUAGCUACAAAUUAAAAUACCGCAACUUAACUAACCAUUUGUUUUCUUUAAAUUUGUUGUUUGUUGUCUAUGAGGGAAGAAAUUGAAUCAGAAAAUAAUUUCAGACUUAAAGAGCGGAUGGUUCUUAAGAGUGGUUUUGGUUGCCAUGAGAAGAUUUUUCAGACAACAAAUCCACAAGGUUUACAAACAUCUCCGCCUUGUAUCGCUCGAAAACUAUUUUUAAUUUUGUUUUCUACCUCAGUUGAUAUUUUUUUGUUGUUCAUGUUGAUUUACUUAAAAGAAAGGAGAAAAGUGAAAGAAUUGGCGAUUUAUAAUUUAUUGGCAUAUGGCUUUUAAUUAUUUUUUAAAUAAUUCACUAGAGAGACCAAACACUUUCUUCAAAUAUUAAUAAUAAAAAAGGAAAUGAUAAUAAUUAGAGCAUAAACUUUAACCGCCUACGAUUGACGGCGAUUCGUAAGUAGUUUUUAAAUGGGCAUUAAUUAAACCAAAUAAUAAACAAGCGGUCCAUUUGAAUAUGGCAUAGACACACACACAAGAACAUAUAACACAUAGAAUGAUAUUAAUAGUAAUCGCAAUCACAUUUGUAGAAAGACAGAAAAUGUUUAAAAUCUGAAAUAAAAAAAAAAGAAACAUCUCAAGCAUUUUCCAAUAAAGAAAAAUUCGUUGACUUAAACAUUGAAACA